ACAUAAGUGCAUGUAAUAGAUGAGCGCAAUCUUCAAUUGGGUUCUCUGUGCUCUUAUGUAUGACAAAUUAUUAUUGUGAUAAUUGAGAAUGUAUAGCAGUUCAAAUUUGGACACAUGAUCAAUGAUGGAAAAAUACUAUUUUCAUAUCCUGUAGAUGACAUAUUUUCAACGUGUGGAAAAUAUAUAUUUUUGACAUUCAUAUAAGAUGUAUUUUCGACAUCUGGAAAAUAGGUCUUCUAACCUUUAAUUCAGCAUCUGAAAUGCACUUGAUGUCAAAGUUCUGGAACGUCAUUUUGCAUACUGGGAAUAGGCUAUAACAGCGCACUAACUUCACUAUCGACGUGUUUGCAAUGGUAAUAGGUUAUGUUCUACAUCCAUGAGCUCAGCAGCAGUAUAGUCUAUUAAUGUUUCCCAGUGUUCGGCAUAUUUGAAAAAACUAUAAAAGGACCUGGUGCAUUAUUUAUCAUAUUAUCUCUCUGGCGCAUUGAUUGUGGAGGAGUUGUGUAGGUCAUAGGAUGCCAGACAUUACAAUUAGAGAUUUCUGUUAUUGCAGUUUAACAGACAAGGAUAUCCAAGAAACACAGCUGAGGACGUAGUGUACUUUUGAUUUGACAAAGAACGGAAGAUUAUGGAUGAAGGCACAGUUCUCAACGACUCUAUUCCAGAUUUAAAAGAUUUGGAGGUGAAAAUCGGACGGAAGACACCAGAGGGUUUGCUAAAGUGGAUGCGGGAAGAGGCGUCCACGCAACGCGGAGAUGCCAAGUUGAACUCGCUGGAGACCAAAGACGGAGACAUCACAGAGAGGAAGAGCCUGGAUGAGAAGAUUCGAAAAUUAAAAGUCGAUAUGGCCCACCUGCGCUCGGUGGAUGUGAAGAUCCUGCAGCAGCUGCUGGCGGUGCACGAGGGCAUCGAGGCAUGUAAGUGGCUCCUGGAGGAGCGCGGCACCCUGGCCAGCCGCUGCAGCAGCCUGACCAGCAGCCAGUACAGCCUGGGAGAGGGCCCUGGAGGAGACACCUCCUGGAGAGACAGCUGGAGCAGCCUGCAGGACCCCCUCAACGACAAGCUGGAUAACAUCUCUAUAGGUAGCUACCUGGACACCCUGGCGGACGACAUGGAUGAGUACGGCCCCUCUAGUUCGGAGUAUGCGCUGUGUUCUACUCCACUGGGGACUGAGAUGCCCACUCAGACUGGCGGAGGGACAGGUGCUGGGGUAGAGGCGGGGAGAGGUGCUGGAGCAGGGGCAGUGUCUGGGGCAGGGGUUUUGGCUGGGACAGGAGGGGCAGGAGCUGGGUUAGGACCAGGCACAGGGGGCAAGGUAAUUGUUGGGCCUGGGGCUCCCCAAGUCAAGCCAGAGAUCCCCAAAGAGGAGCCUCCCAUUUGGACUAAGGCCAAAAAGGUAGUGAAAGGAACCACCAUCACCAAGGACACCAAGGACUCCAACCAAACGCAGCAGCCCAGUAAGAGCAAUGGCGUCCUGGAGAAGGCAGUCAGGCAAGCAGGAGGACUUGCUGACUCGGCCCGGGCCUGCCUGGCUGAGAAGCUGGGGAAAAACCAGAGCCCCAAACUCAAACCCUAUAAGAACGGCAAGAUAGACCUGGAUGGCUGCAAGAUGAACGGCACGAUGCAUCUGGAGUAUGACGCCCAUUGGCGAUGGGUGCAGUCGCAGGAUGAUGUUACAUUUCUGUGAGGUGGAUGUAUUACGCCACUAAAGACACUUAGCCCGCUCCCAUGUGAUGACCAAACAGGUCAUAGGUUAAGAGAGAGGGGACCUUGGACUGGUGUUGUGGUUGAUUGCAGUUAUUAUACAAACUUCUACCAUUGCCAUUGUGCAAGACAUCAGGUGUGGAUGAGUAGGAGAAUACAACAUCAUUACAUUAUGUUCUAUUCACUCUAAAUGUGACUGCACUAACUUUCUAGAACAUUGACAGUAUUAUAUUAGGGAUAAAGUUGAUAUUUUUGUUAACCCUCUCUUCCUGUGUGCAUUGUAACAUACAGUACCAGAGAAAAUAAAUAUAUUUGUUACACACACACAUCUAUAGAACCUUGUUAAUGACCAAAGUUUGCCCUUACUGAUCAAUCCCAUGUCAAAAUGAUUGUAAAACACCCUAUCCAUGAAUUAUAGAUACCUGAAUCCUUCUCAUACAUACUAUACCAUAGCAUGCAAAGAGCAUCUAGAAUGUUCCUACUGUUUGCACACAAUUGCUGUUGUGGAUGUCCUAAAACUACCUAAAGUACUUAACCAGUCAAUGCAAUAUGUAUAAUCAGUGAAUCGCAAUGCAAUGAAUCUGUGCAUCAGGUUCUUAUGUGGGUGGAUGUGUUUAGAUAAAUGUGUCAAUAUGGCUGAGUAUUAAUAUUGUCAUUUUGUGGAUUAUACAGUAUUUUUCAUUUGGAAAGCAGAUGUUGUCAUUGCUGUAAUCCUAAACUAUUAUGCCUGUAUCUCCCGUUCCAAGAUAACUGCACUGUUCUUCUGAUAGUCCUGAUUGUUUAAAUGACUGAUUUGCCCUCUUUCAGUA